AUGGUACGUAAAUUCGGCAUCUGUCACCACAGAGACCGAGCUGACGCAACCAGGCACAAGCUCCCGCGGCGGCUCAGCAAAGCGACCAGCGAGGCAGAAGGAAGUGUUCGACUGUUUCAUCAACCCUGCAAUGCAGGCAUAUGGGAGUGUCAGCCAUCCCAAAUCGAUGGAGGAAAUGACGAUUUCGGUGGCAUCGGCAACCAUGUGGCAGCGUCUACCUUGGAAUGGGGACCAGAUAAUGACCACAAGUUUUUCCUGACCCACGCCACAUACAAAACAACCGACGGAUCUUCCUUCGCCGACAACUUCCACACAUGGCGCAUGGAGUGGACGCCAGACUCCGCCACGUUUUAUCUGGACGAAAAGCAGGUACUGCGUGUGGACCCUGGCACGAGUUUAUGGGACUUGAGCGGUUUAGCGAACAGCGACCUCGUCAACCCGUGGCGCGACGGCACCAAGAUGGCACCAUUUGAUACUGAAUUCUACCUCAUCGUGAGCUUGGCUGUUGGUGGUGUCAAUGGCUACUUCCCGGACGGUCUUUCCGGCAGUCCCCCCAAACCCUGGUCCAACUAUACAUUUCGCCCACAGAAGGGCCAAUGGCUGCCGUCGUGGCAGAACGGAGAGCCCGGCAUCAGCGAGUCUGCAGCCCUCCAAGUCGACUACAUCAAAGUGUGGAAGAUGUCUUAA